CAGUUCUCAUUAGUAUUCAACUGAAGCUGAGGUUAAGAAGCUCGUUUAGUUUAAUAAGUAAGAGAAAGUACAAAGAUUUGAAAUACACUUGCAUAUUAUAAGUAAAAGUAGUGAACGAAUUCAAGUUGUUGCAAGCAUUUAAUUAGUUAGUUCUGAUUAAAACAACGGAUUCAUGUCGACCAAUGUGAAAAUCGAUAGUUGAAAUGCAUAAACUUUAAUGAAAAAUAUACGAUUUAGAUUGCCAAUAUUUAUGCACCCUGAAUGCUUUGGAGUGCGAAUAUAACUGCUUGUAGAAAUAUAAUUUUCAAAAACGGACGAACAAUGUCAGACCAAAUAUCAAUAAAAAAUCCAAACGAUACAAAACGAAACCUUCCAUCGAUGCAAACACCAACUUUGGAGAAUGUUGCCGAGUAUACCAAGCAAAGUGCAUGUGAGUUUUGUGACAUCACACCUAUCCACGGAUGUAAACAUUUUCUGAGCAGUGCAAACCAACUGUUGAUUGAACGCAUAUGGUGGUUUUGUGUAUUCGGAGUAGCGUUAUACUAUUGUGGCCAUCUUGUAUUCAACGUCUACGAAGAACGGAAACGCGAUCCUAUCAUUAUUAGUUUCGACCAGCAAACGUCUUCCAUCUAUUCAAUUCCCUUUCCAGCGGUUACGAUUUGCCCCGAAACUAAAGUUAAGUCAUCCGUUUUGAACAUGUCGCACACAUUCGAACUGGUGCGCAAAAACAAACUGAAUGAAACCAUUGAUGAAGAACGUGUGCGACGACUGCUAUUACUACUACAACUAUGUGAUUACAACAUCUACGAUAAGCACGAAACGCCAUUCUACUCCGACGAUGUUUUGGUUCAGCUCAGAAAGAUGUCCAUUCCCUCGUACGAAGUUUUCAACUCUUGCGGUUGGAAAGGUGAAGGGGUAACUUGUUUGAAGUACUUCAAAACAACGCUAACCGAGAAAGGCUUCUGUUAUACCUUCAAUGCCAUCGCAAACAACGACUUGCUCCGGAAAGAUCAGCUAGAUCCAAGGUACAAUCUGAAUUCCGAGACGCGUUCUUCAGAUUGGGAGCUUGACGAAGGGUUCCACGGUAAUGUCGGGAGUAACGCUUUUCCACGUCGAAUAGUUUCCGGAGGAUAUCGCAAUAGUCUCGGAGCAACCCUUAUAGUCAACAAAAGUGACCUGGACUAUCUCUGCGGCGAUUCUUUUCAAGGGUAUAAGGUAAUGCUUCAUAUGCCUGACGAAUUCCCAUUAGUUUCCCACCAGUACUUCCGAGUUCCAUUGGAUCAGGAACUGAUUGUAUCGGUAACUCCAAACGUUAUUUCCACGAAUGAUCGUGUACGACGUUAUCUACCGGAAGAGCGGAAAUGUUACUACACACACGAACGGUACUUGCGUUUCUUCAAAAUCUACAACAAAAUCAACUGUGAAACGGAAUGUUUGACGAACUAUACUUAUCAUCUGUGCGGUUGUGUUCAAUUUUGGAUGCCUCACCCCAAGGGGGCUCCAGUCUGUACGCUUCACGAUGCCCCAUGCUAUCAAUCGGCUGUAUCGCAUAUCUCCAAAAGGGCUGCCAGAUUCAGAUCGGACUCCUGCAACUGUCUACAAACGUGCAACUACAUAGAAUAUCAAACCCAAGUGUCACAAGCCGGAUGGAAUUGGCAGAACGGCGAAUUUUUCAACUACAUGGAGCGAAGACCAAUGACAGAUAGCGUGCAUCAGUCCAAGAUGGUGAUCUACUUCCGGGAGGCGGACUUUAUUCCUUUAGUGCGCAAAGAGAGAACUAGUGUGAGUGAGUUGAUUGCCAACUGCGGAGGGUUGAUGGGCUUGUUCAUGGGGGCCAGCUUGGUAAGCAUGGUCGAGCUGGUUUACUAUUGCACCUUGAGACCGGUUGCAAUGUGGAUGCUAGAAAAGCGGAAGAAUCCUGACAACAAUGAAGAUGAACAACGAUGUUCUUGCCGAUGUGAGAUCAACCAAGAGUAGCUAUUUGUUCUCUAGCAUAAGCACAUUUUUGAUUAAAAUAUGGUGUACAAAGUUACUGUUUUAAGAUUGAAUAGAAAGUUAUUAAUAAACAAUAGAGUUGUCAACUUUUCGGAAA